CAAAUGGGCUCACCCACAUCCGGGAGUCGGAGAGAAAAGGGCUUGGGUCACGUGAUGCUGAGGGUGGGGUCUGGUAGAAGCGGGUGCGGCGCUGGGUACCGCGCGGAUCUGACAAGAUCAAAGCUGCAGGAGAAUGGACAGUGAGGUACAGAGAGAUGGAAGGAUCUUGGAUUUGAUUGACGAUGCCUGGCGAGAAGACAAGCUGCCGUAUGAAGAUGUUGCAAUACCACUGAAUGAGCUUCCUGAACCGGAACAGGACAACGGUGGCACCACAGAAUCUGUUAAAGAGCAAGAAAUGAAGUGGACCGACUUGGCCUUACAGUACCUCCAUGAGAACGUUCCCCCUGUAGGAAACUAACACCUGGCUCCCUUUUCAUGGACGGAUUUUUUUUAGAAUACAUAGGGGCACUAAGGUAGCUCAGUGGUUAAACAUCCAACUCUUGAUUUCAGCUUAGGUCAUGAUCUCACCGUUUUUGAGAUAGAGCUUUGUAUCGGACUCCAUGCAAACGAUGUGGAGUCUGCUUGGGAUUCUCUCCCUCUCUCUCUGCCUCUUCCCCAGGUGCACACAUGCACGCGCGCUCUCUCUCUAAAAUAAGUAAAAAUUAAAAAAAUUAAAAACUACAUAUUUUCUUUCAUUCUCCUAAUUCAGAUCUUGAAGUGAUAAAGCUACACUCAAAAAUGUACACCCACUUAGUUUGUGGAAGCAAAGCGCAAUGUGAAAAUACUUAACAGAAUGAGAAACAGAUUUCUCAGGAAUGCAGAAUAUUUGGCCCUUGAACCGAAAGUUCUUCAUUCACUAGCUUGUGUUUGAAUGUAAGUGGUUCAACAUUUGCCUUUAACUCUGAUUUUGCUCUAUUCGGAGUUUAACACAUGCCAACUACUUACACGUGUCCUGUGACACAGGUGAUUAAAAACACAAGAGGGAUGGGCAAAGACAGGAAGCCAGAUGUAAGGAGAGCGUUAACUUGUCCUUGCCUCCCUCUGAGAGGCAGUCUGAGCAAUGGCCUGUAGCACCUGCAGGUGGAACAAGUGUCUAGAUGAUCCUGUUGGCUGAUUGGUGGGAUUCCUAAGAUUCCCCGUGGCAUUUUCAAACUUUGGAUAAGUUUACAGAUUAAAGGUUAUCUGGCAGGUAUCUCUGCUCUCCCUACUAGUUAACUUGGUGCCACUGGAAAGGACCUUUGGCAAACCGGACCACUAGUGUUACCCAGUAACAAGAUUUCAUAUUUUCUAAGAGUCCUUUCAGAUGCAGUGGAAACACCACAAAGUCCACGUUCAGCUACACUUUUGUAUAAGAACCCGUGUUGUGAAAAACAUAUCCAUGGACAUUUAUCACCUGUCAUUAUGCUUCUGUUGAGUGGUGUUUCUUAUUUUCUUACCCAGGUUGUGAACUGUAGAAAGAGCCCCUGGCUUAUAUUUCUGUAUCCCUCUUUCAAAAACUAGAAACAUUAGGGGCGCCUGGGUGGCCCACUUGGUUAAACGUCCAACUUCGGCACAGGUCAUGAUCUCACAGUUCAUGGGUUCAAGCCCCACACUGGGCCCUGUGCUGAUGGCUUAGAGCCAGAGCCUGCUUUGGAUUCUAUGUGUCUCUGUCUGCCACUCACCCACUUACACUCUGUCUCUCAAAAACAAAUAAAUGUUUAAAAAAAAGUC